AUGAUAAACAUUAUAACUAGAGGUGAAACUAGGAAAAUGAAACAACAUGAACUAAGAGCUGUCAAGUGUAAAGAUAGUUUAUAUAAAAAAUCUGAAACCGAUAAACAAAAAAAACGUCAAGCUGAUCAAUAUCAAAAUGAAGAAUAUAUGAAUCGAGAUUUUGAAAGAGCUCUUAUUGAGUAUGCAGCAUGGCCUCAACCAAUUCAUCCAAAAAUAAAAAAAAGUGUGAUAGCCGAAUUUCGUGAUAAGAUCGAUUUUAGCAAACUACAAGAACUAUUCUGUGCUAUUUGCUCCAGAAUUUAUGAUUGUAAAAAUUCCAAAAGAAUUUCUAUAAUAGAUAUUGACCUUUCUAUACUUGAAGUACUGAACCAUCUUAUAGAUCUACUAUGUGAACAUUUAAAAGUGGUGUUUAUUGGAGAGAGAACUCCUACCAAUUACCAACUCAAAAAAAUACUCCAAGUAAGAAAAAGCAAAGUUGCAGCUGCACUUCAAUGGCUCUUUGUACACAACAAAUUAUUUAAAAAUGAUUUUAUACUUGACAAAAAUGCUUUAAAUCUCUUGCCUGAAGGUGAGAUUCCUGAAUCUUUAACUUUAAUAACUACUGUAGUGAACAUCGAUUUGCAAGAAUCUGAGCACUAUACAGGUUAUUCUAAAGAGACAGAUAGUGAAAACGAUUAUGAAGCUUCUGAUGAUAAUGAUCCUGACUUGGAUAACUUUAUAAAAAAUAAUACAAUUGAAUCUGUAUCCCAAGUAUUAUACAUGCUGCAUGGCUGUAAACCUUUUAAUGAAUAUGAAGACGAAACUCUUCUUCCUGCAGGAUUUCUCGUGCUCUUUCCAUAUGGUGUUGGAGGUCAUGAAGGUCAAUCAUUUCAUGUAUUUUUAAAAAAAUAUGCUGAUCAUCUUAUGCGACAUCAUGAUCCAAAGUUUAGACAGCAUAGCAUUAAUGAUAUUAAAUUAGCUAUUGAACAAGAACAGAACAAGCUUCCGAUUAUAAAUUCUGCAAUUAAUGAGCUGCUCAUGAAUAUUAAUGUAGCUAGCUAUAAUUUAAUGGCAUCUCCCCAAGCAUAUGCUCGUAUGCGCAAUAAGAUACAUGCUAUUAUUCUUCAUUAUAGUUCCCCUUCUCUAUUUAUCACUAUAAAUCCUGCUGACCUUCACAGCCCUAUUGUCAUGAUGUAUGCUGGAAAUGAGAUUGAUCUCGAGGGUAUAUCAUCCAAGAAUUUUUCAAAAGCUACGGAAAGAGCUCGACUCACGCAUCUUGAUCCUUCAGCUGUUACAAAAUAUUUUGACAUCAUAAUUAGAUGUGUUUUAGACAUUAUUAUUGGAUAUGGUAAAGAACAAGAUAGUGUUUUUG